ACAUUAUAUAUAUAUACGUUUAGGAGAGCUGUUAAGAGCAAACCCGGCGAGGCGGCGAUGACGACAAGACAAGCAGCAGCGGUGGGGAAGAUGAAGUGCAUAUCCUGUCUGGAGAACUACGACGCACGUGACGCCGGCACGUGCAAGGAGUGCUACGAAGAGGCCAACGAGACCGAGGAGGAGCUCAAGCGCGAGAUCGACGACCUCAAGUCCAAGGUCGCCUUCCUCAAAUUCUCCACUCGCUCCCUUCACCCCACUCCCUUCUCCGACGUCGUUUUGCUCGCCUCCGACGAUCCCUCCACCGCCGUCCCCGUCCCUGCCCAUAAAGCCGUUUUGGCGAGUCGUUCACCGGUGUUCAGAGCAAUGCUUGAGAAUGAGAUGGAGGAAAGCCUGAGUGGCACAAUCAAGAUCGGAGAUGUGUCCUACGAUGCCCUUCGUGCCUUUGUCAACUACCUCUACACGGCCGAGGCAUGUCUCGAUGAGGAAAUGGCCUGCCACCUUCUGAUAUUGGCCGAGAAGUACCAGGUGCAGCAUCUCAAGGACUACUGCGAGAAGUUCUUGGUGUCCAAGCUCAACUGGGACAACUCUAUUGUGAGCUACACCUUUGCACACCAGCACAAUGCUAAGCAUGUCGUUGAUGCGGCGCUGACGUGGAUCACGGACAACAUGGACAAGCUUACUACACGAGAGGAGUACAUGGAGCUGGUGCAGAAGGAUCCACGGCUCGUGGUGGAAGUCUAUGAGGCUUAUCUAUCGAAACAGAUUAACACUGCAGCACAGAAGGAUUCUGCCGGACGAGGAGGUGUCAAGCCUCCCCCCGCCAGGACCUCAGAUGAUUCAUCAAUCUAACAAUUUGAUUCGGCUUUUACUCUUUAUAUGAAUGAAGUGUGAGGAAUGUUUUGUGUUGUGAAAUAAGUCUUACAAUAUCAUCGUAUUACAGUUAGUUUUAUGCACAUCUCAGUCUUUGACAGC